AUGUUCUCCGUCCGCGCCGACCCCACGAAGUCUAGGCUCAAUGUCAUCGACUCGCACACUUCCGAGUUCAUGGUAGAGUUCGAGCUCUCGUACAACGACCAGAAACAUACCCUAGAAUCGAGACUCCAGCUGCUCCACCAGGCCGUGAAGGAUCUUGACAUCCUCAUCCAGAAGCAGACGCUCCAGCGCGCCGAGGCGAGCCACGCAAUGGACAAGAUGCUGGAUGAGCACAUCACAAAUCACGUCACUGCCCUCAACAAUCUGAUCGAGCAGCACACGAGCGAGACCCAGGUUCAAUUCCAGGCGAUGCUCGAGAGGUACCAGCACCUCUACGACGCGGUCAACGAGCAGGUGCUCCGCAGGCAGCAGGAUAUCGAGGAGUUCCGCAAAGAGUAUGGAACCGCGAUGGAGGGCCUCGCUGAGAAGCUCAACGCCGCAAUCGAUGACCGCGAGCUACGUGUGGACAACAUCAGGGGGAAGUUUGAGAAGGACUUUAUGCGCCUCAUUGAGUCCAUUGAGUCAUCGAAGCGCGCCUACCAUUCCGUGAUUGCGUCGUACAAGGAUGAGAUCAAGUCCCUUGUCGAGAGACACAAGCGUGGCCUCUUUGAGUGCCGCGAGACGAUUGUUGCUGGGUUCUCCGACCUUAAUCGCGCAAUUGAGGAGGAGAGGGCAGAGUUCACCGAGAACGCCGGCAUGCUUACCCGUGAGUUGGAGACGGUUAUGAAGUACUUAGAACGUAAUAUCUACACGGGAGUGGGUGUCCUGUAA